GCCUGCCCUUCACAUCCUCUUGCUAGGCUCAGCUCCUAAGUUCAGCAGCUAACAUGGCUCUGCUCAAGUCCAACAAGGUGAUCUCCAGUCUGGGGAACAUUUCUCCGGCUCUGGGACUCUUGUCCACCCGCUACAGCUCAUGGUGGGCUGGAGUGCAGAUGGGCCCACCUGAUCCCAUCCUCGGCGUGACCGAGGCCUUCAAGAGGGACACCAACCCCAAAAAGAUGAACCUGGGAGUGGGAGCCUACAGAGAUGACCAGGGGAAGCCCUUUGUGCUCAGCUGUGUUCGCAAGGCAGAAGCUUUGAUCGCAUCCAAACAGAUGGAUAAGGAGUACCUUCCCAUUGGUGGUCUGGCUGAAUUUAGCAAGUCCUGCGCUCAGCUUGCUCUUGGGGCCGACAAUGAGGUGUUGAAGAGCGGCCGGAGCAUCACUGUUCAGACCAUCUCAGGAACUGGAUCUUUGCGAGUUGGAGCCAACUUUUUGGCUCGAUUCCAUCAGGGUCCACAUGAUGUGUACCUGCCCAAACCUUCCUGGGGAAACCACACGCCCAUCUUCAGAGACGCCGGCAUGCAGCUGAAAGCCUACAGAUACUACGACCCCUCCACCUGCGGCUUCGACUUUAAAGGAGCCCUGGAAGACAUUUCUAACAUCCCAGAGAAGAGUGUGAUCCUGUUGCAUGCGUGUGCCCACAACCCCACGGGCGUGGACCCCAGGCCCGAGCAGUGGAAGGAGAUCGCUGACAUCGUGAAGAAAAGGAACCUGCUGGUGUUCUUCGACAUGGCGUAUCAGGGCUUUGCGAGCGGGGACAUCGAUCGGGACGCCUGGGCCGUACGCCACUUCAUCGAGAAGGGCAGCAACAUCGUACUGUCUCAGUCCUUCGCCAAGAACAUGGGACUCUACGGUGAGCGUGUGGGAGGCUUCACCGUGGUGUGCGGCGACGCAGAAGAGGCAAAGAGGGUCGAGUCUCAACUGAAGAUCCUCAUCAGGCCGAUGUACUCCAACCCGCCGAUGAACGGCGCCAGGAUCGCUGCAACCAUCCUCAACACACCCGAUCUGCGCAGUCUCUGGCUGGAGGAGGUCCACGGCAUGGCUAACCGCAUCAUUAAGAUGAGAGAACAGCUGGUGGCAGGUCUGCAGAAGCACGGCUCCUCCCACAACUGGCAGCACGUCAUUGACCAGAUCGGGAUGUUCUGCUUCACGGGCCUCAAACCUGAACAGGUUGAGCGUUUGACGAAGGAGUUUUCCAUCUACAUGACCAAAGAUGGCCGUAUCUCCAUGGCAGGAGUGUCCUCUGGUAACGUGGGAUAUCUCGCGGAGGCCAUCCACGCCGUCACGAAGUAGAGCGGGUCCUUCUGGGAGAACAACCCAGUCUAAGCUGCAGUCUUGAGGAGCUUAAGCUCUCAAAGUUUAGUUGUUUUUUUUCUCAUCUGGAUUUUGUCAUGAAUUCAACUUGAAAUGGUUGUUUAUUUUCUGGUUGUUCUUAAGCAUUUGACUGAACGGACUCCCUUACCAAAUGAAAGCUCAGAGUCAUAUUUAUUGAACACAUGCAGCUGCUGGCUGUGCACUAAUGUCCUUCCAAAUGUAAACUCAGCUUUAAACAUCAGGAGCUUUAGAUGCAUGUUGAGAUCUGUGUUGCUUUGUAAAAGCCUGUAGGAAAAGCAUUUUUUUUUAUUUUAAUGGUGGUUGUGUAGCACUUUAUAAGUUGUGUGGCACAGUUUGAGUUUAUUACUGUAUAAAUGGGUAUUUAUCAGGUUAUGAGUUUAAUGGUCAAUCUGAUCAAUCCUUCUGGUAUUUAGUUGCUUUGUCGUAUUACAAAUAGCUCAAAUGUUUCCUUUAUUUCAAUAGUUUUCCUGCAGGUUUUGUAAUUUCAGCCUAAGUAGUCACAGGGCAGCAGAUGAUCCUCUUCAAACAAAAAAUAAACUAAACAAGCACAAAAAUUGAGAGUUUAAAAAGUAAGAUGUGAUUAUUUUUUGUCUCAUUAAACCAUGAAAACAGCACUAUUUCUAAAUGUUCAUACCAAGGCUUCAUAAUGAAACUAGAUCUGAUUUUGAGUAAGGUUGUUGCAUUUUCAGUGUGAACAUCAGACUGUGGGACACCGGUGAGAUCUAGAAAUGUGGGUUUGGUCCAUUUUUGCUCAAACUUGAGGACGUUUGUCUCCAUGCUCUGUAUUCUCUGUGUGACUAAAGAUCAUGGGUCGUUUAACUUUACAGAACAAACAAUAAAUCGUUCUACAGUA